GGAACUCACAGAGAUCCGCCUGCCUCUGCCUCCCAAGAGCUAGGAUUAAAGGAAUGGCCACCAUGCUCCAUGUUAACCUUCUCUGAGGACCUUCAGGCUUUGGGUCUAUGGUGGUUUGAAUAAAAAUGGCCCCUGCAGGCUCAUAUAUUUAAUGGCUAGACACCAGGGAGCUGCACCAUUUGAGAAAGACUGGGAAGUGUGGUCUUGUUCUUGGGCCUUCAGAAGAGAGCUCAUUGCUGGCCACACUAAUCUUGUCUGACUGUAAGUGGUCCUUUUCUUGUGUCACGUUUGUUACAGACUGCAGAUGAGUUACAGGUCUGCGCUUGGCUGUGGUGCUGGGGAUGGGAGGCAGGGAAAGCAUCAUGGAUGCUAGGUAGCUCUACCACUGAACUACCUCUCUCGCCAUGUAAGGGUCUGUCCUCAGAGGCAAUACUGCCCGCUCAGUGUUUAAAUGUGAUGCCUGCCCUCCCUGCUGGGGGAAAGGGGUAGGUUUUGAGUAUCUGUUAACCUUCCCUUUGGUGUGAUGGAAUUGUGCAGCCAUAGGCUGCACAUCUUCCUGCAGGACUGUGUCUGUGUGAGAUGCUAGAAUCUAGGGCUUUGAGCCUAGUGGGCAAGCCUUGAUUACUGAGCUGUAACUUCCUGCAUCUUUGUACUUAAAGCCUGUAGAAUGCUUGUUUGGUGUAGCACUGGCUGGCCACAAACUCACAGAGAUCCACCUUCCUCUGCCUCCUGAGUGCCGAAGCUUGCACAGACUUGGACUUAAUUUAUUUGUUAUGGCACUUUUAAUGUAGCCCCCACCCCCACCUCGCCUUAUGGGCACUCUCAUGACGACUCUGACUUGUUCAUUCUCCUCUCUGAUCUUUGUGAGUGUAGAACCUUGGUGGUAGCCAGCGUUUAAAAUAAGGCUGCUUGUAUAACCUGGGCUAGGCCUGGCUCAGCAAAGCUCCACCAGCCAUACUGGGUAGCUCACACAGUGCUCUUGGACCUGAAUGGUUCAUGGUAGCCUUGCUCCUCAGCUGGGUGGCACUCAUUCUCCCAGGAGGCUGGUCCGGCUUUCCAGGGUUGAGUUGCAGAGGACAGGCUGCACAGUGCUUGUCAGACUUUCAUUUGUAUCCCAUUUGGUGGUGUGCAGGUAGCCAAAGAAAUCACAAUGCUUCGACCAGAGUCGUGUAGGGUGUGGCUAAGUGGAGACUUGAUGGGAAUUGUCAGUGGUCCACCAUGGUGGGUCGGAGGUGGGUUCCUCAUCACAGCUGUAUGAAGAUGACCAGUUCCUCUUCUCUAGCCUGUCAUCUUUUGGACUCUGAUGAACAUUGUAAAAAACUAAAUGUUUUAAAAUUUUAUGUAUUUUACUUAAUGUGUAUGUGUGUCGGUGUGGGAGUAUAUGCGUAUGAGGCAGGUGCCUGUGGAGGUAAGGUGUUAGAGCCACUGGAGCUGGAGAUUCCUGUGAGCCACCUGGCGUAGGUGCAGGACCAACAUCUGUAAGAACAGUGUAUGCUCUUCAGCACUGAGCCAUAUCUCAGCCUUUCUAAUAGAUGAUGAACACAUAUUUAAUGCUGGAUGCCAAGGAAUAAAAUUUAAAAAAAAAAAAUCAAGGCAGUUUAGCUACUACAGAAUUCAUUUGCGUAAAAUAGCUGUGAUUUCUUUACAAAACAUUCUGCUGAGACUUUGCUGAAGGUUUUAGAUUAAAAAAGGACAGUAACUGCUUCUAAGAGUCUGCUUUGGACCUGAUUUUACACUUAGAAAACAUUGGUAGGUUUUUAUGAAAAAAAAAAAAAAUGGGUUGCUAUGAUGACUUGGCUUUGAGACUGCAAACUAGUGACGACACGGUCACCUAGGAAACUGAAAGCUGCAGCAUCCGAGAGGCCUCCGAAGGGUUUUGUUGCUGUUGUCUGGAAUGUGAUUGGCUUAGAGGAGUGGCCGUUGAGGAGGGAAAGGAACACCAGAGGUAGAAUGGCCUCCAGAAACUUCUAGGCACAGAUCAAGCUGGGCAAAUCUCCCGCUUGGGCCUUGGUCUAAAAACAAAGGGGAGAUUUUGGGCACUCUGGAUAUUAGGAGUUUGGCGCUGAUCUUUUGGCUGCUGAAAAACAGGAAAUGAGGUGGGACUCCCUGUGAGACUGUGCACGUGCCGACUGCAGAGACCUCUCCAGACCACCUAACUCAGACCGAGACAGAGCCGAGCAGGAGCCAGCCACAGUGUGCCUGCCCAGAGCAGAGUUCUCUCCUGAUUCACAGAUGGAGUCAGUGGAAAAGACAACGAACAGAAGUGAACAGAAAUCAAGAAAGUUUUUAAAGAGCCUCAUUAGGAAGCAACCUCAGGACCUGCUCCUGGUCAUUGGGACUGGUGUGAGUGCAGCGGUGGCCCCCGGGAUCCGCGCGCUCUGCUCUUGGAGGAGCUGUAUUGAGGCAGUCAUCGAGGCUGCAGAGCAGCUGGAGGUUCUGCACCCUGGGGACGUUGCCGAGUUCCGGAGGAAGGUGAUGAAAGACCGGGACCUGCUGGUUGUGGCCCAUGAUCUGAUCCGGAAAAUGUCUCCUCGCACAGGUGACACCAAGCCCAACUUCUUCCAGGAUUGUCUAAUGGAGGUUUUUGACAGCUUGGAACAGCACAUCCAGAACCCCGUGGUGCUACAGUCCAUCCUCAGCCUGAUGGACAGAGGCACCAUGGUGCUGACUACCAACUAUGACAACUUGCUGGAGAUCUUUGGGCAGCAGCAGAGCAAGCCCAUGGAGUCCCUAGACUUGAAGGACAAGACAAAGGUCCUUCAGUGGGCAAGAGGCCACAUCAAGUAUGGAGUUCUUCAUAUUCAUGGCUUGUACACAGACCCCUGUGGGAUGGUUCUGGAUCCAUCGGGCUAUAAAGAUGUCACUCAAGAUCCUGAAGUAAUGGAAGUCCUACAAAACCUGUACCGCACCAAGUCUUUCCUGUUUGUGGGCUGUGGAGAGACCCUGCGCGACCAGAUAUUCCAAGCUCUCUUCUUAUACUCGGUGCCAAACAAGGUGGACUUAGAGCACUACAUGGUAGUGCUCAAGGAAAACGAAGACCACUUCUUCAAGCAUCAAGCAGACAUGCUUCUGCAUGGAAUUAAAGUGGUGUCCUAUGGGGGCUGUUUUGAUCUUUUCCCAGGCUAUGUGCAAGACCUUGCCACUCAGAUCUGCAAACAGCGAAGUCCAGAUGCUGAGCGAGUGGACAGCACCACUUUAUUGGGUAAUGCAUGUCAGGAUUGUGCGAAGAGGAAGUUGGAAGAAAAUGGAAUUGAAGUUACAAAAAAAGUCAGACAGUCAGAUACUGCUCCAGCCCUUAAUACUGUCAAAGUCAAGCACCUAGUUACGGGAUAAAAAGGAAGCAAGGCCUCUACUCUGUGGAUUCUAAAAGGCGGAAAAUAAAAGUGUUUCCUUUAUUAAAUGCAUCUGUAUUCUUUCGACUUGUUUAUGGUGUUAGAGGGCCAAGGCUGUGACUUCUUAGUUGUAGGAUGUGUGUUGACUGUCCUGUAUUGACAGUUGUUUCUUCUUUCCAUCCUCUCCUCUCCUCUUAUGCUGGGAAUCUCCUCCUGCUGCUUGCAGUCUCCUGGAUUAGUUCCACUGUCUUUUAUGUUUCCGCUAAUGGUUCUUUUGUAUUUGUUUUUCGAAGCAGGGAUUAUCUGUGUAGUCCUGGCUGUCCUGGAACUCGCCCAGUAGACCAGAGUGGCCUCAAACUUACAGAGGUCCACCUGUUUCUGCCUCCCGAAUGCUUGGAUUAAAGGCGUGUGCCACCACUGCCUGGCUCCUUAGUGCUUCUUAAUUUUCAUUUUCAAUCUCUAUUAAAAACACUUUGAGAAAUUCUCAAGAUUAUAGUUUUAGCCCUUAGAUUAAACUUUUGUUAUUUUUGAGAGUCUGGAGCUGGGGCUAUAAAGCAGGGGCUUGUGCAUGCCAGGCACAGUGAGCUACGUCUUCAUCAUCCAAAUUUUUGUUUGUCUUGAGAUAGGGUUCUUACUGUUUCCUUGGCCGGCCUGGAACUCACCAUGUAUAAAUCAGGCUGACCUCAAAUUCAAGAAAUCUACCUGCCUCAGCCUCUCGAACCUGGGACUAAAAGUAUAUGCCACCAUGUCCAGCUUAAAAUUCUUACAUUAAUAGUGUGACCUGAAGUUUCUGAGAGUUCUUCUCAUUUUAAUCUUGCUCCUAUCAUUUGUUGUAUAGUGCUGUAAUAAGUCUUUCAGAUCUUUGGGGACCCCAGAGUCUGCUCUGAUUAUCUGUUACUACCUCAUUCCUGAGGCCUUUUUUUUUUUUUUUUGAUAGAUUUCGAUUAUAGGUGUUUUCCUACUAAUAGAGAACUCAGGCUUCAGCACUAUGGAAUGCAUCUCUAAUCAGUUGUAGCACAUAUGAGAUUGAGGUUAUUCUGGACUGUAUAAGAGCACUUGUCUCAAAAACAAGAGAGGAAAGGCAAGGAGAAGAAAAGGGAGGGCAGAGGUUAGGGAGAGAGACCACGACUUACAUGUGGCUGAAUACUACUUAAACACUUAUGCAACUCUUCUCUAAUAAUUUUCCAGAGCUAUGGAACAUUUAGCAUAUUGAUGACACACACUGAACAUUUAAAGUUAUAAAAAAAUUGCCUGGUGUCUGAUGAGCACUGUGACAGAGUUUCUUGAGCAUUCCUAGUGUGAAAUCCUCUCAAAUUUAAACUUUUUGUUACUCAAAAUUUUUAGAUUUGGGGGAGAGAUGAUUUAGUGGUUAAGGGUGUUUGUUGCAGCCGGGCAGUGAUGG